UUUACUAAUGACUUCAAUCAUCAACAAGCUUCGUCGCCGCCAUUCUCAUGAGUAUGCACCUUACCAGCAUCUCGAACAGCACUUUGAAUCUGCUGAGAUCGUCCGUGAUACUAUCAUUGGCUUGUCAGAUGGUCUCACUGUACCAUUUGCUUUGGCUGCUGGUCUGUCUUCCCUUGGUAACUCCAAGCUUGUUAUUUAUGGUGGUGCAGCAGAACUUGUGAGUGGUGCUAUUUCGAUGGGUCUCGGUGGAUAUCUUGCUGCUCGAUCAGAAAUCGACCAUUACCGGACCGAACGCCUUCGGGAAGAGCGUGAGGUGGAGGAAUGUCCCCAAGACGAGGAAGAUGAAAUUGUGGAGAUUUUGGAGCCCUAUGGUCUUGAUCGUGAAACACUCCAGCCUUUGAUUGACAAGCUCAAGAGUGAUCCUGAAAAGUUUGUUGAUUUUAUGAUGAAGUUUGAACUGAACAUGGAGAUGCCAGAUCCUCGUCGCAGUUGGAUCUCGGCACUUACAAUCGGUAUCUCUUAUUUUGUGGGAGGCCUGAUUCCAUUACUGCCCUAUCUGUUCUUGGAAGAUGCAAUGAUGGCUCUGUAUGUGUCAGUGGCCGUGACCUCCUUGACAUUGUUGAUAUUUGGCUAUGUGAAGAGCAAGUUGGUCAACCCUGAUGGUGCAUUUACGGGUGCUAUCCAAACCCUCUUGAUUGGAGCUGUUGCAGCAGGUGCCAGUUAUGGAAUCGUCAAGCUUUUACCAUCUGAGCCUGGAUUCUAAUUAGAUAUCUUAUCUUGAUCUUACAAUCACAUCAAUAUCCCCUCCCAAUUCCCCAUGCUAUAGACCUUAUAUUCACCCUCCUUUACUCCCCCUCCUUCUCACCUUCACCCUCACUUUCGCUUUCAUCUUGGCCUUUAUUUUAACCUUUUUCCACCAAAUAUAUAUAUAUAUAUAUAAAUACGAUACAUAUAAUGAAAAUUAUAAUGAAAAUUAUACAAGA